AUGGCGUCCAAAGAGGAACAAGUAGUAAAAAAUCUCAACAUGGAAAAUACCCUACAGGAAAGGGAAGGUGGGGACCAGGCCCCUUUGCAGAAUGGAGAGGAAUUACGCGAUUUAGGAGGGGGUAGAGGCCAGAAGCCUGGAGGAAAUGUCAGGUUGGGACGGAUUAGACGACUUGUCCCUAAUUUUCGAUGGGCCAUACCCAGCAGGCAUAUUGAUCACAAUGAAGUGGGGGAUGAUGUAGAAAAGCACGUAGGGCAGAUGAUGGAAAUCAGGAGAAAGACUAAGAAGCAGCAAAUGAGGCAUCAUUUGCGCUACCAAACUCCUGAACCUGACAAUCAUUAUGAGUUUUGCCUUAUAUCUUGAAUCCUAAGAUUAUCCCUGAGGUCAGUAAUGUGGCCUCUGCUCUACAUGCUUGUAGUUUUUCUGAUUUACUUUUUCU